UAAUCUUCCAUAAAGUUGUAUACCCUUGUUGGUCGUCGUUAAUUUCUAAUCUGCAAGCUUAUUAAAAAACUAUGCAAAGUCAACUGAAGAAAGAUUCGUGUGGAACAAUGGAGAGGGAGAGAGCAGUGAACUGGAGUGAGCUUCCGACGGAGAUAUUGUCAAUGAUUGGAAACAGCCUCGAUCCUCCAGUGGACUUUCUCCGAUUCCGCAGCAUCUGCAAUUCAUGGCGUUCAUCUAUCACUCGCUUCCAUCCGAUUUGUCUUCCCUCACCUCUCAAAUUCCCAUGUCCAUUCGGCACCGGACAAGACGCUUUUCUCUCGGAAACGACCAUAUACCGUAUCAAACCACCACCGUCCAACGACGACCACAAUUCAAAUCUUUCAAAGUCGUGUUUGGUUAAAUUCGAUGAGACUGAACCCGGUAACCAUCCUUACUGGAUCCGCCAAAUCAUCAUCAACAACAGCAACAACAACGUCCCACAAAUUCUGAGUAUGUUGGACUUCCCGAUUGUGAAGAUAGGCAAAUCCAAUAGACUCAACUAUCUGAAUUUCAGUUCCUCCAUUAUUGGGGUUAGUAAAGUAAUUCGGUACCCCGAUAAUACAUCUUUGGCUUAUUCGGAAGAUUGUUCAAUUUUCAUUAUUUAUGAUGGUGGCAAAUUGGGUUUUGCCAAGUAUGGGGAUCAGAGCCCAACACUUGUUGACGAUCGGAUUACCGAUUAUAACGAUCUGAUUGUGUACAAAGGGCAAUUGUAUGUUGUGGACAAGUGCGGAACAGUUUGGUGGAUACAAUUUCCAUCUUUGAAGCUGACCCAAUUUUCGCCUCCUCUGUUGGGUUCCGGUGAUCGGAAGCACUUAGUGGAGUCAUGUGGAGAGCUUUAUGUGGUUGAUAGGUACCUUGAUAAUAACCAAAGCCAAGGUCAGGAUCCUAAUCAUCAUCGUCGUAUUACAAUUCAUCGUCGGCGUCAAGGUCCUCUUCUUCGGAGAAUCAACACAGAGAUCAGGGGUGAUUUAGCUUGGGGAAAGACGGUAGAUUUCAAGGUUUAUAAGCUAGAUGAAACUUGGGGCAAAUGGGUGGAGGUGACAGACUUGGGUGAUCAAGCUUUUAUAUUGGGCGGUGACAUAUCUUUUUCUGUCUCCGUUUCUGAUUUCGAUGCGUGCAAAGGGAAUUGCAUAUAUUUCAAAGAUAGAUAUGACUGCAGUUUAUUUUCAUUUGAUCAGGAUGGUUGUGUCUUUAACUUGGUCGAUCGGAGCAUUGAUAAAUAUCGUUGGUCGUGGCCUCUUUGCUUCUCUAAUCUGCAUCUCAACAGAAAGCUAUGGAUUUUGGACUGCUCCAAUCCUCCGAUAAUUGAACCAGUCACUUCCAUGGAAUCAGUCAGUGCCACUUGCCAAUUGCCAAGUUAAAACCAUUAACUGAAUGACUGAGAUGUGUUUUUGGAUUUCAGUUUGACAGUGUUUUACGUAAUCUAUAAUUCAAAAUGAAUGUUUGAAUUUUACUAAAUAACGGUCUUUUUUUUUUCUUUUUUCUUUUUUUUCUUUUUUUCCCCCCUUAGAAAUUUAGUUAUUUGGAAAUGGUACAAUAUGUAGAGUGACAUCGGGGAUGUAUCUCUUUUUCUUUUUUCUUUUUAAGUUGAUUUUCUUGGUGUUGUCCUUGUUUUUCUUUUUGUAAUAAGAAACUGCAUCAAUUGCAUAAAAAGGGCCCUUAAAAACGGGGUUUGGUAAUAGGCAACUUGAUGUUGUAUGUGAGAAUGAAGUCUUGCUAUUAUACGUGGUAACACAUUAAUCCAACUAUUUACCAUGUGGAUUAUGGAUAUAUAUAUAUAUAUAUAUAAAUAAAGGUUAACAAAUUCUCUUUUUCAAGGUUAGAUUAUAUAAUAAAAAAUAUCUA